AUGAGUCCUGAAGUUCUAGACAAGGCAGAAGUACAACAGCUGUUGAACGAGCUGUUCAACUUUGCCGACAAUAGCUUCGUUCGAAGCGGUGAUCGGGUGCGGGCCUUCAAGCUGGGGCGACCAGCUCCUAAGAUUGGAGACGUUGACCGGUGCGCGGUGUACAUAUCGCUGGCACCUGGCAUGGAGAAUCCCGCGGGGGAAGACCCGCCAGAAGACGACGCUGCUCGGUGUGCUCGAUACACCAGCUGUGAGGAGGAGCAGAACCAUCCUGCCCCAACCACCGAAGACAGAGUGGCGGGGAAAAGGCCACUGGCGGCGGACCCCUCCCCUGCGGCAACACUGCCGGCGAAGAGCAGCCAGGCGUCAAAGCCCACCACUGAUCGGGUGGCCAGCGACCCUCCUGCACCGCACGUCGAGCCGACGCGCGUCGUAGAGACGGAGGCGCAGGCGCCGACCGGUAGGACCAAGAGAAGGUUCUUCACCGCGACGCACAGGCGCUCUGACCUCGCGGCAUCGGACGCCGACCCUGACCACACUGCUGGCCAGAGGGCGGCCGAGCCAGUCGCUGCUGUUGGAGACGCCGUGCCGCAGACCACGGACCAGCCCGCGGCGACGAUCGUGGCUGAGAGCGCCGAGGAGCAUCCAGCCCCGGCAAGGGCCACGACAGGCACCCCGACGAGAGACGCAGAGGUCGCGAGGACGCCUCCCCCGAGCAGCGCUGUGGGGGAAGAAGGCCGAGCCCCGACUCCCUCUCUUGCCGAAGAAGGGAGAGUCCCUACCCCGCCCCGUGCAGGGGCCUCGUCGCCAGUGGGCUCGUCUGGCCUUGAUCAGGGUCCAGUGAUGCCCGCGACCACGGCCGGGGGGAGCGCGGCGGGCGAGGAGACCCAGACGGCCUCCGACGAUGAAGUGGAGGAGAUCCAAGGCUUGGAGGAGGAGGUUGCGCGCCUCCGACAAGAGAAUGAAAGGCUCGAGCAAGAACGAGCCAAGGCACUAGAUGCCGAGCGCCGAGCUGGCGAGGAGUUAAACAAUAGGAAUCGGGAGUUGACCGACUCCCUGCCUGGUUCUCAGUGCUGA